UUUCUCUCUCAUUCCUGCGUAACCGGGAGAAAGUGCCGCGUCCUUGAAAUUCACUGUAACUUGGAAGAAGUGAGGAAGAGAGAAAAUAAAUCUCGCUUCGAGUUCUUCAUCACGAACCAGCAUCGAGGAGGUGAAUGGACCUCCACCGCCCCUUCAAGAUGGACAGCCCCUCCUACCUCCCGGCUCCGCUGGCGUCCCCUGCCCUGAUGGUCCUAGCUUCCACUGCAGAGUCCGGCCGAGACGCCUCCGUCCCCUGCCAAGCGCCGCGGCCCUUCGGCGUCCCCGUCUCUGUGGAGAAGGACCUCCACCUCCCCUUCCCUUCAGCCUCCUACACCUUUACCUCCAUGUAUCAGCGCCAGGGCCCCAUGUCGGGCAGCUUUUCGUCCCGAGACUUCCCGGCCUCCCUGCUCCACCUGCACCCACAGUUCACCCCACCAAACCUGGACUGCUCCACCCUGGGCAUGCUCAACCACAGCGGCGUGGGCGCCUUCCGGCCUUUCUCCUCGCCUCAAGACGAGAGGGAGUCCGGGGGUUACCAGUCUGCUUUCACCCCCGCCAAGAGGCUGAAAAGCUGCUUUCCAGAGGUGGAGGGGAAGGAGUUUGACUUCGGCUCCCUCGGAGGCUCCCUCAAAGCUGGGGAGGAGUCGGGGAGGAAGCUGUUCUCCAUGUCCGGCCUGCUGUCUGAUGGCGAGGCUUCAUCGAGCCCCGAGGAGCGCAAAGAGCACAGCAAAGUCAAAGGUCUGUAUGACGCUCAGGCGCCGGCGUGUCCCGUCUGCAAGGCCGUGCUGCGACCCGGCGAGCUGCAGGAGCACAUGGAGCAGGAGUUAGCCAAACUGGCCCAGCUGCAGAUCAGUGCAGCUCCGCUCCAGCACGACCACUUCAUAAGGACGCCAAAGACUCUUUCACUGUCCCUGCACAUCAAGCGAGAGGGAAGUUCCCCCACCUCGCCCCCUCGACCGGCCGAGGAGGCCCACUCUGACCGAUACCAGACGUUUCUGCGCGUCCGGGCCAACAGACACACCAGAUUAAACGUCGAUGACCUCUGCUGGUGCAGGUGCUACGUCAAAUCUGCCCCAUUACGCCCCCACAGCGCAGGAGCCCACCUAGACUGCGCACAAGCUGGUGCGAUGUUGGUGAGCACCACCUCUAAGGAGUGUCGAGACAGCGACGCAGACCUGGACGUGGACGGAGACGACACUCUGGAGUACGGCAGGGCGCAAUACACGGACACAGACGUGAUUCCCUGUUCGGGAGAAAGCUCCAAAGAGACGGCAGUGAACGGCGCGGCGCCUGAAUCCAGAGCAAACCUGGACUUUAAUAAAUGGUCAAAUGAUGGAAGUCCGUCUACAAGCAGUGGAGAGAAACAGGACGGCAGCGCCGCCGGUCUCACUCACACCUGCAGAAACGCUGAGAUAGAGACGCUCUCGGAGGACUCCACGCUGACAACAUUAGACGCACUUAAGGCUCGGAUACGGGACUUGGAGAAACAGCUGUCUAAAGGAGACAGAUUUAAAUGUCUGAUCUGCAUGGACACCUACACAACGCCGCUCACCUCCAUCCAGUGCUGGCACGUUCACUGUGAGGAGUGUUGGCUUCGAACGCUGGGAGCAAAGAAGCUGUGUCCUCAGUGCAACACCAUCACCUCACCUGGAGACCUGAGGCGAGUUUACCUGUGACUCACUGUCAGGGAUUUCUUCUGUUUUGACCAAUCAGGCUUGGACUUGUUGGGCAGCUGGCCUGUCACGCAAGCCCACCUUCCCCCCCUCCCGUCCCUCUUACCAUCGUUGUUCUCCUAACAGCUACUAACUGAGUGCGACCUCUGACCUGUACAAUAUGUUUCUACUGCAUCGUCCAGCAGAUCAGAAAAAACCUCUGAAACCAUCUGAGAGCUCAGGCACUGAGAAAAAAAUGCUUUGAGACUAUUUAUCGAUUUUUAAAAAAAUCUUUUUUUCUGUUUUAUGGAAAGAUGAUUGAAUCACAAAGCACAUGUACAUAAUUGUGUGUGUAUGUUUGGAGUGGUGUGUGUAUAGGAUGUUGACUAGCAGACUGUAUCUACUGUACAGAGCUUGUCUUAGAUCACUUAUUCUUUGUUUAGCUCUUGUAGGUUGGAAACAUUUACAGUAAUAAUCAUCACACGGGGACUUUGUCUUUGUUAUUGGCGUAUUUCUUUGUAUAGGAUCACUCAAAUCUAAUUUUAUCAACAUUACUAAAAUAAAA